GAGGAAACUACAAAAGCUGUAGCAUUGCAUAAUAUUCAUGAAGAAGAUUUCUUUUAUGAGCUUGAUAAAUUUUCUAUAUUUGAUCAAUUUUGUAAUGGAAUCAAUAAUAAUUUAAGUUUCAAACGUAGAGAAAUCAAAGACCUUUGCAUUAAACUAGUACAUCAUCUAGAUAUGUUAAGUCAAGCGGGUGAUUCCGAACGUAAUAAUUACUGCAAUUACAUACGUUAUUGUUUAUAUGAACAAAUAAGUGAAAUUCAUACUAACAAAUCUGCAAAGAUUGAUGAUGCACAUAUGAUGAUUUCU